AUAUCUUCUUCUGAAGCGCGUUUCCCAAUGGAUUCCAAGUACUACGAUCUUAACGUGCCUCGGUCAGCAGCGAAUGCGGCGACUAUUGCUCGUCUCCUCGAUUGCGAGUAUUUAUACCUGGCCAUCACUGUAUCUGUCAAUAUGGAUCAAUUCCACUUUAACCAGGACGAUUCCCAGCGCAAGAAGUCCAAAGAAGCCAGACAGGAAAUGCGCCAGAAAAUCCUAGCUGAGCUCUCGCCACCGUCACGAGAAGAUCUCGAGGCUAUCUUAAAAGAUAGUGAAAAGUUUCGCACUGUGAAGGCUAUCCGUCCCAGCAUCUGCCCACCGCGCCUCUUCACCCGUCUCAACCUGGCCUUUUCAGACACGGAACAAGUGGGCCUCUUUUUCAAGGAGUUUUCUGACCAGAUUCGUGCUUACGACAUUCUCAGCUUAGAGCCCCUGAAUCAAUCUGCCUUCUAUUACGCCCUCGACUGUACCCUGCCUCUGGAUCUCAUCAGUUUGGACCUCAUGCCGGACCCCAACGUCAUCUCAGUUACGCCCACAGCCGCUUCUCAGAAAGCAGACGAAACUGGUACGACAAUGGCCGAGCAGGAAACUAGCUGUGCAUCAGCGGUGGCUGGUACAGACGGCUCAGCGUGUGCUGCAUCAUGUGCAUAUAAAGAGGAUUUGUUAUCGACAGCCGAAGUAAAGACCGACGGCCCUGUUGAAACCGCCACCACUACUACGCCCUCCACUGUAAAAUCCAAGAAAAAAAAGAACAAAAGGAAAGCUCAACUUAAUUUAGGUUCGCCUCCGAAAAAAAUUUCGAAGGUUCUGUAA